ACUUUUUUCCUUCCAGCGGAUCGUUGUAAAGAAGUACAGCAGAUCCGAGAGCAGCAUCCAAACAAAAUCCCGGUCAUCAUUGAACGCUAUAAAGGGGAGAAACAGCUGCCAGUGCUGGACAAGACCAAGUUCCUUGUCCCAGACCAUGUCAACAUGAGUGAAUUGGUCAAAAUAAUCCGGCGCCGCUUGCAGCUGAAUCCCACCCAGGCUUUCUUCCUGCUGGUGAACCAGCACAGCAUGGUGAGUGUGUCUACUCCCAUCUCAGAGAUCUACGAGCAGGAGAAGGAUGAGGAUGGCUUCCUCUACAUGGUCUACGCUUCCCAGGAGACCUUUGGCUACUGAGGCCUGCCGAGAGGUGGCACGUGGAGACAGAAUAACUGUGGCACAUGAGCUCCCGGCCCUGAGAGACAACGACCCG